AUGCAGACAGUCUACACAUUCUGUAAAGGGUCUGAACCAAUUUGGUUUACUGCCGUCGUCGCUACUGUGUUGGCCGUGAGCUGUCUUUACGUGUUUUGUCUUGGUCAAUUAAGAAGCUAUCCCGGUCCACUUUCCGCCAAAUUUUCCUCUAUAUGGAUUGUCACACAAUGUCGCAAAGGAAAACGAUCCAAGGCCAUUCUUGACCAACAUAAGAAACACGGUGACUUCGUUCGCAUUGCUCCAAAUCAUAUAUCAAUAGCCGAUCCAGAUGCCGUGCAAGAAAUAUAUGGCCACAAAUCAGGGUUUACAAAAGGACCAUUCUAUGAAGAUAAGUAUGCCUCUGAGUAUUGCGAAAAGGCAAACAGCUUACCAAUAAGCAUUUACCCUUUCACCAGGUGGAACCUGUUCUGUUCAAUACAAGGGACUUGCAAAUCCACCAGCGGAAAAAGAAGAUCAUGA